AUGGCUUAGGGGGCAAAUAUAGGUUAGUCUGUCACACUCGUACUGGCAAGGAAAGCACGGACGACGCGAGCGUGUGCUCAGAAGUCCCGGUGUCUAGUAUUUAGGAACAUGGACAUGUAUUCGAGGGUUCCAUGGACGAUUGUGAGUUGAUUCGAUCACAACCCAAGAUAUUUCGUCUCGUCUGACGUGAAAGCGACCAGGCUGUGAGGAAGCCCAUUCAUCGCUCGUUGUACAAUAGCCCGACAUUACGUUAGACCGUGCGCUUGUUACAGGCCGACUUCCGCGAUAACUCAACAUCAUUGUAACCGCUCAAGUAUUUUGUCUGCCAUUGCUCUUGUUGGGAAAACUACAUUAGUCUGUGAAAUGACAGAUAUCUGUUCAACCUUUGAAUUCCAGUGUCGAAAUUCGCCAAUAACGGAAUUCCAUCCACACAGCGUUAGGGUUUGUCAAUGAAGAGAACCCUACUCUCUGUACAAAGGAAUCUGAAGAAGCACCGUUCAGUCUAGAGUAUGACCACCACGAUGGGUAAAGAAGCUAGUUUGGACGGUUUAGAGUUUGAUGGGGAAACAGUACUUUGUCGCGUUUGCGGAGACAAGGCCAGCGGCUUUCACUAUGGCGUACAUGCAUGUGAGGGAUGUAAGGGAUUCUUCCGACGUAGUAUUCAGCAGAAGAUCCAGUAUAGACCCUGUCUUAAGAACCAGCAGUGCAAUAUCAUGAGAGUUAAUCGGAACCGGUGCCAAUACUGUAGGUUGAAGAAAUGUAUUUCAGUUGGAAUGUCGAGAGAUGCUGUGAGGUUUGGCCGUGUCCCCAAGAAGGAGAAGGCACGUAUUAUCGAGCAGAUGCAGAAAGUGAACUCCCAGUCCCAGACCAUAGCUCUGUCCACCAUCCUCCAGAACGAGACCGAUGUCAUUCAGGCUGUCGUCAACAGCCAUCAGCUCACCUGUGAAUUUACUGCACUCCGUGUACACAAGAUGAGGGAGAACUCACUUCAAACUAACGAGUACCUCAACUGUCCGGCACAUAUGGCUUGUCCCCUCAACAAUCAACUCGGCAUGGACAACAACGCCAACAAUGCUGACUGGGAAGAUUUCUCUGAGAGCUUCACGCCAGCCAUUAAAUCAGUUGUGGACUUCGCCAAGGGUAUCCCUGGGUUCACUCUGCUGAACCAGGACGAUCAGGUCACACUGCUCAAGGCAGGGACGUUUGAGGUGCUGCUUGUGAGACUGGCCUGUCUGUUUGACCCAGACACAAACACCAUGAUGUUCACAGGAGGACGACUCUUCAAGAGACAUCUAGCUUCGAUGACGUCAAAUGCUGGCUUCCUGCUUGAUUCUAUGUUUGACUUUGCUGAGAGAUUUAAUCGAUUGAACUUAAGUGAUGACGAACUGGCUAUCUUCUCUGCCAUUGUCUUGUUGUCCCCAGAUCGGCCUGGUCUCCGGAACCUGGAGCAGGUGGAGAGGAUACAGAACAGACUGACCGAGGCUCUCCAGAACAUCAUUAACACAAACCACAAAGAGGACAGCACGCUCUUCGCUAAACUGCUCAUGAAAACCACAGACCUCCGCACACUCAACACAUUGCACUCAGAGAAAUCCAUAGCUGGUCAAAAUGGCAGCCGAAAUGCUCAAGAAAAACGCAAUAGUGCUGAAGAGAUGGAGAUGGACUUUCAAGAUGCUCAAAGUAUACGAUCUGUCCGUUCUGUGUCACCCACCCUCUCUGAGGCCUCCUCCAACAUGACGGUGACCUCGGGCUUCAACAGCGCUGACUCCGCCUCCAUUGACAGCAACGGUGUGCCUGGUCAACGACUACCAUUCGAGGCAGCAGCUCACCAACAGGUGGUACUGAGAACCCCAUACGGGACAUUCUACCGCGAGGAAAUGAGUGGCUUCUAUGGGAUGGUUGCUGAUCAACCUCGGCGCCGGUGCAAUACAUUAGAUCGUGAUACACUCACACGACCUCGUCUGCAUACUAUUGAGGAAGGAAACAGGAGAAGAUAUACAUUGGAUAGGGAGUACAUUAACAAAAUGGUGAACAAACUGAGUGAUCGUCUUGAAAAGCGAGCAACUUUCAGAGGAGAUAGCAUGCCACCUUCUAUAUCAAGCAGUGCGGCCAGUAGUCCGAUUCCUGAGGAGAAUUAUCCAUAUUUGAACAGCAACCGCGAGUUUGUGCCAAUAUCCACUGCAGAUUCCAGCCAUUGCAGCUCACGUGCCAGUCCUCUUCUCAACCCAGAAGGACUCAUAGCGUUUGGGUCUUCACCCAAUUCACCCCGUCCAAGGUCAAGGUCAGGGUCAUUUGGUACAGAUGACUACCCUAACAUGCGUCCUCGCUGCUACAGCUUUCAUAUCAAUAGCGAAGGUCGUGCAUCUCGGGUGUCCUCUCUCAAACAGUUCCCUGACAAAGACCAGAUGUCGGCCGAUUCUCAGUACCUGUCCCCCGAGAUGAGGCGAGGCAGCAUCAGCUCUUCCUAUGGCCUUCAUGCCAGAAAGAAGUCCUUGCUGGUUGACCGCCAUCCAUCUUAUCUCAGUGUCAACCCAGAAACACUACUUCAUGAUGCUGAGAAAAGAGCUCACGGCCAAGAAAUGGCUAAACUCAAGAGAAUGGUUCAGGAGCAGGCUAUGUAUGAUGCAGCUACCCGCCAUGGCCUCUACCCCCCACCCAGCUCUGUGAUUGGCAUCUCCCCACCCCCUCCCGUCCUCCUCCGCAUCAGCCCCCGAGAUGAUCAAAUAGGGGGAAAGCCCUCGGAUGUUGACAUGCCAGUACUCAGAAAGGCAGGAAUCGAGGCUUUUGGGGCAGAGAAAAGAAGUUCUCCCAAGGAAGCUUCUGCCACAGUGACCACUGCCUCUCUCUCGGGGUCAUCAGAGAAGCUGGACUUUGACAUCAAGUCAGAAGAUGAAGCAGCCCCGGAGAUCUUCCACAAGAAGUUUGACAAGAUGAGAAAGCAUACUGUACAUUCCAGUAAUGAAGACAAUGAUAAUUCCAUGACUCUGGAUCCCUCCCCUACCCCGGAGGACUCGGAGAUUGCUGCAGUUAUCAGAGAUGCUUUUGUUAAAGAAGAACAAGAUGAAAAAUCCAAAAGAUCUGCUAGAGAAGCUCACCCCAAUCUUCUUGCUCACCUCAAAGCCCCAACUCAGGUUGUUCAGCCACAGCUUACACGGCCAACUAUACCCACAAUUCCCUGGAACCAUGCCUAUCCCAUGAUGCAGCAGCCAGGAUCUUCCUCCAUGACAGAUAAUCCUAAUAUGAUGUUUAGUGGCAUGCAAGGUCAAUGCCCAGUGAAUGGAGUUUCGUCGGAGCCCAAACCCAAACCUGCUGCUGAAGUUGGAUCAAAGGAGCAGUUCCAUGCCACAGCGGUGUCUCACCUGAAGGACAAGUUGAUGAGGAAGUUCGAUAGUAUGGAGAAUUUGCAGAAAAUAGCAAAGGACAAUGGUGUUCAGGACUGUAAGCCAAAGUCCUCCACCUCUGCCACCAAUGGGACAGUGUUGCUUCCUCCCACAACCUCCCAGGCUCAAGUGACGGCGGCCCUCCUGGCCUCCCAGAACUACCCCUCAUCUCUCUACCAGUCCAUGUUAAAUCGAGAUCUGCCCCAGAUGAGGGGCGUCAGCUUCCCCCCAGGCCCCCUCAACCAACAUCUUGCCAACAUGCAGCAGUUCACACAGCCCUAUGGCAGCAAAAGUGCAGCACAAACCACAGACAAACGGAAUGACCACACUCAGCCUCUGAACCUGUCCACUCCGAGGCCCGAGGAAUCUCUGCCUACUAGUCAGGCCAUGUCCAGGAUGUCAAAUAACUUGGAGAAAGAGGCUGCAGUUUGAUUCUCAGCUCCGAUACAAUGAGGAUGCUUCAUUCCUCAAAGACUAACUACAGCAGCAGGUGCUAUUAUCAUAGAAUAUUUGCAUUUUAUGUUAACUGUGACAAGAGCAGCUAUAUGUGACUCGCUGAGUAGUGCUGUGGGUGGACGAAGAGAGAAGUUGGAUCUGGUAUUGCUUGUGUGCUGACAGUCAUUCAGCCCUGUAGACUGACUAUGUCCAUAACUCCGCAGAAAAUGGCAUUUCUUGUACGUUUACAGACGUGCCUUCAAGAUGCUCCGGGGGAUAGGAUUCACCCAGACACUUUGUAAAUUGCCAAAAUUUGAUUUAUGUUGUUUGCUGAAAUUUGACUUCAUCAUUUGCUAUAUGCAUUUAGUAGAGAUUGUCCUGUCUGAGGAUGAUGGUGUACUUGUGCAGACUGACUGAUGGAAAGAACCAACGACAGAUGUGCAAGCGUAGAUACAGGCAACAAAAGGGAGUGGAUAUUAUGCUGUAGAUACGGAAGGAAGAUAGUAUUAGCUCUUAGACUUUACAUUAGGUAUGGCCAUGCAAGUCCUGAUUUCAAGUUCUUGUUUCCGUGGGACAACAGAGAGACACAGAGCGGUUGGAUCCAUCAAUCUUGUGAUAACUAUGACCUGAUGUGAUCUAUGAGACUUGGUUGCUGAAAGUGAUAAUGAAUACUUAUGGCCAUUAUCUCGGUCUCAAGGGACAAUACGACCUUGACCAGUGAUCAGCUUGGCCUUGAACUUUGUAUAGUAAGGUCAUGACCUUCAGUAGGUUCAUGACCUUGCACGGUGACCUUAUUCUGUGAUAUGAAAUAUUCAUAUACAGUUGGGUAAAGGAUCUUAUUACAAGAACUAAAGAGAACUUUCACCCUUACAAAAUGAGUACUUGGCUUGUUACGAUUUCAUGUGUGACCAACUGACUCAAUAUACAGAAUUGCAAGUGAUCACAGCAUUUGAAAACAGCUAGAACUCUACAGUUAGGUUUUGUAUAAAAGAAAUGUGGUGUUGGUAUGCUAAUUCAAAAUGAUGGUCACCUGAUCAUUCAAAAUCCGUACCAUGAACACAAGCCUUGUUUUGUCCAAAACCCAAAUGUAUAUUUUGUGUUAUUCUCUCCACACAACUACCUUCGAAAUCUGGUCUGCAUUCAAUCAGGUAGCUUUAGGCAUUAGGUUAUCAAAUCGUAAAUCAUUCACAUGAGGUAUUUAUUGUUAAUGUAUUCUGUUUGUUUGGCUCAUCCAACUAUGUUAGAUCUAUAUUGGUGUGAGAUAUGAAAGGUAUCAUUAAUUAGAAUCGCUAUAUACAGUGUUUCCUUUUACGUCGAGCGAGAAGCAAUUCAAAAGGGGUUGACAUCAAUGAGACGAGUGAAUGUGUUACAGAUUUUGUUGAAUGUUUGAGAUAUGACAAUGAGUGUGUACCAGAUACCACACAAUCAUGUGCGGCUUAAUGUAUUAUAAUAUAAUAUAUAUAUAUAUAUAUAUAUUUAACUAUUUAUUAAUGUUUAGAUAUGUUAUGUAUCUGGAAGCUUUGGCCUAAAGUGCUGAUUUAGUUUAGAUGGAUAAUCUAACAAUAGUUUACCCAAAAGGGCAUGAUUUCAGUUUGUAUUGAAAUUUAAAAAACAAUUCUUCAUGUGUUAUGUUAUUGCUUUUUUAUGAAUUUGUUGAUUUUUUUACACAGAAACAACUUCAAAAAAAUAAAAUGAUAAACAGUAAAAGUUUUGAAAACUGUGUAGUUGUCAAUGACUGGAUAUUAUUCCUAAAAUAUUAAUUUCUUAUAAUAUUCCUAGGGUGUUUCAUCUUAUACUGUUGUAUUUAUGUAUUUAUUUGUUGUAUAUUUACAAACUAUCUUUCAAAGAAUAAUGUCAAACACAUCCAGACACAACUGAAACAGUACUAAAUAGUUAUCCAGAAAUAUGUCUGUGUUACUAUGAACAUGAUGAAGUGUAGUAUACACCUUAUGCUUCGAUCUUUUAUUUUAUUAUCAUGUUUGCAAAGGCUGAUGAAGCUAUGCUGAAAAAGACCAUAUUUAUUUGUUUAUCAGAAAAUAAUCAAUAUGUAUGAACUACGGCCAUAAGAUGGAUUGUAUAUGCAUAAUACCUCUGACUAACUGUUUAUUUGUGAGUAGCAGGAUUUCACACAUAUUGUUUCAUUUGAGACAAGAUCAUUUAUGCAUCUGAUAGAUUCAUGAAGCCAUUCUCAUUUUUAGUAUGGAAAUGUCAUUGAACAUCAUCCUAAGUUUCUCAAGCUUAAAACAUCAGUGCUUAUAAUUUAUCACAUUUCGCGAGUUUUCUGUUAAUAAAAAACAUGUUAUUAUGUUGCCAUGGUUAAGAUGACUGUUGCUAAGUAACCUUUUUUUGCUUCACUGCUGGAUGUAAGAAGGUGAUGUUUGUGUCAUUGUAACUUCGUUUCUGUAAGGAAAUGAAAAGUAAUCACAUUAUAUCUGAAAUCCAUUUCUCUCUGCAUAGGGGCCACCCAGCUUUAUAUCAGAAAUAUCAGUCAAAUUUUGAAUGAUAUGCUUUUACUAAUAGUGCUCAAAUCAGUGAUUAAUAACAUAAAAAACAAAAAGUAAAAAUAUGUUAUGAAAGAUAAUAAAUUGACAAAGUUAAUUGUCUAUAUUUGUAUAUUCCUAAUCACAACCUCACAUAAUUUUAAUGAUUUGAAAAAAUACUUUUUCAAAAGGUUCUGCACAAGAUGUUAAGAACUAUUUGUUAAAUUGUUGAAGUUAAAGAAUAUCGUCUUGCUCUUUUACUGGCAUUUUACUGAAGGCUGUUCAUAUGUGUAGCUUGCUUCCCGUAAAAUACAUCAUUCCAACAGAUAGAAUCACUACAUCUGGCAUUUUCUAUGUUAAAUUAUGUUAUAGUUGUUGUCUUCAUUAAGAAUGAUUGAUAUGUCUUUAAGUUAUUUCUGAGGUGUCCAGUGUUCUGGUUGCAUGAUAGGUCAUUGUGGUCACUCUAGGUGUGUAAUAAACAUACUGUGUUCAGUCA